UUAAUUAAAUAAAAGAGGGUCAGAACUGCUCUCCUUCCCUCUCGCUUCAGCGAGGCAGGCUGCUCAGGGCUGUCUCCUUGGCAGAGGGUGUCAUCUGCUCGCAGUGGCCCCACGGCACGUGGCCCCGUCAUGUUCAGAGCAUUCCAGACCCUUCAUGGCCACACCGCCGAGUACCCGUCAAGGUGGGGCCUAACUUUGCUGCCUUGUUGGGUCCGUGUCUGACAGACUCAGAGCCCCGUGGCCUGGCACGGGAGGCGGGAGGCCAGGGUGAUGGCCCCUUGGGUGCCACGCUCCUCUGAGAGCUACCGGGGCACUCAGGGGCUCUUGGGCCCCCGUGGGCAUCUGUGAGGUCCAUCGGGGUGGUGUCACUUCACCCGAAAGGCCGCGUGACUCCGGUGCUGGUGUGGAACCAGCUGUGCUGGCCUGCUCGGGGGGCUUUGCAGUCUCCUGGCCCCUUCAGGGGCGCACAGAGGUGGGAAGCCCGCUUGCUGGGUGCCCUGCAGGGCACAGGGGUCAAGUGUCCUUGGCCAGCUGGCCACACCAGGCCAGUGAAAUCGUCCCUGGGCCUGGGUGUGAAAUGUUUAGAACCCACCUCAGGAGGCUCAGCCGGGAUUGAGAGCCAGUGGACCUGUGAGUCUCGGGGGGUAAGUUGCUCUGGUGCCUGCUGUCAUCAGGCUGCCCCCGACCCUUCCCGGGUCAGGGGUGGGAGCAGGGGGCAGGGACAGGCAGCGUGGUAAGGCCUAGCAGCUUGUACUAUAUACGUCUUCCUUUGGAAACGCCUUCACCACCUUGUUCUUUCGGGAAGCAGUGAUUCCUGAUGAGCCAGGUCAUAUGCCGCUGUGCGACCCGGGGUGAGCCCGUGCCGGGGGGGCCUCACCUUGCGCAGGGGCUCCCCAGCUGCGCGUGUUCUCCGCGUCCCGGGGCGGACCCCAGGCGGGCGCCCCAUCUCGCAGAACCGAAGGCUGAGGGACAGAGGAGCAAAGUCAGCCACCCGGAGCCCCUCGCGGGUCGUGUGUGCGCGGGUCCCGGGCACCUGCCCCCCGCCAGGCCGUGACCCUCUCUGUCUGGAGGGCUGAGACCUUUCUGUGCCCUCUCGACGUCGUCCCCCGGAGCCCUAGAGGGCAGCUUCUCGGAGGCGCAGCCUGCUCAAUCUGUCUGGCUGGCACUGCCUCACAGCUGUUAUUACAUUUCGCGCCGAGUGGCUCGGAUUUACUGGGUUAUUGGCUCAUUUUUCAUGCUGCAUCUGUAGUAACGAGACUUGGAAAUGAAAAGGGUGUGACGCCACCCCGUGAUGGAAGACGGUCGAGCCCGGGGGCCGGGGAGCCCGGAAAGGGCUCUGGACUUGUGGCGGGGCCGGGGGAGCGCUGCCUUCGACUCUGGGCGGAGACCAGCGUGGCCCCGUGGCCCCCCCGUCUUCCCAGCUGCCAAGUGAGAGGGUCAGACCCGCCUUGAGAGUUUUACGGCGCAUAGUAGGUAUUCAGUAACUGUGGUUAUGAUUAUGGCUAUGAUAUGUUGUAACCGUAACGUAUAUUUUAUGAGUCAUAAAAUAAUAGCGCUGUUUUAUUUGGGGGACCUCCCCGAAAACAUAAAUACGAGAAGGAACCAUGAAACGGCUUGAGAAUAGCGUCCUCUCUGAUAUUCAAUUAUCUUCUCCUUCCCUCUCUCCCUUCGUCUGCAAUCUGAUUAUUUUGGCUCCCACAAUGCACUUUGCCAACACAUCGGAGUCUCUCCUGAGAGCAAAGGGGCCCUGUAAGGAGCUCGGACGGCAGCCGCUCUCUGUGGCGGUGGGGGUGCGAGCGAGACCUCUUAAAAAGACCCUUUCGUUCUUAAGAUCCACGGGCCAGCAGAGCGCUGGGAGAGGCUGGCCUGCCGUCUCCGUGCCGCUGUCUCCAUUUUACGGGCGGGAAAGACCGAGUGACCGGCCCAAGGUCACAAUGCAAUUCAGCAGCAGGGCUAGGAUUCGAGCUCAGGUGUCCGGAUCGGAAAGUGUUCUCCGUUUCAAUACUCAGGCAUCAUCUGGCAAAUAUUUACCUGCCUCCGAGGCUCGGUGCUCGGGCGAGCCUGCAGGGACCACGUCAGGCCCCACGGAGGCCACGGCAGAAAAGACAGGUGGAUGAAACCACAGAUCACAUGACUUAAAUGCGGCCAAGGGCUUCGAGGAAAGGCCACAGGGGGCUGCUUGGGUGGCCGGGGCCGGGCCUUCUGUGUGCGGGGCCAGGACGGCCUGGAGGAGGCCACCCAGAUGGGGCAGACGCAUAGGGACAGGUGCCUGCUCUGGACAGAUGGGGCGGCAAAGGCCGGGGGGCUGGAGGGGGGGCCCGGGAGUGUUGUGCAGCGUCCUGUGCUGUUUCAGCCGUUUGCAAGGUUUCCACGUAGGCUUGUGAUGUGGAUCUCGCCCUCUGCCUCAGCUGCAGAUGGGAUCUGGGUGCCGGGGCCAGUGCGAGGCUCCCGCGACGGGCCGCCCGCCCACUUGCCGCAACCAGACCCUCCUCGGGGGCACAGGAGUCCCAGGUGGAUGACGGCUGCUGGUCAGAGAAAGCACCGAGCCCGCCCCAAGAAAAGUCGGGGCGCCUGGGGGGCUCAGUCGGUGAAGCUUCCGACUUCCGCUCAGGUCAUGCUCUCACGGUUCACGGGUUCGAGCCCCGCGUCGGGCUCUGUGCUGACAGCUCGGAGCCCGGAGCCUCCUUCGGAUUCCGUGUCUCCCUCUCCCUCUGCCUCUCCCCUGCUCGUGCUCUGCCUCUGUCUUUCAAACACGAAUAAACAUUAAAACAAUUAAAAAAAAAAUGAGGAGAGCCAAGCGCUCUGAAAAGCCCGUCCCUGGGUCACGUGGGAGUCUCGUGGGAAGGAGGGCGGUCCCGGGCACUUUUCCCUAACGCUUGCCUGCGUUCCCGGGGUUGCCAGGCCCCCGAGGGCCCUGACGAAAGUGAGGCUUUGCAGAUUCCUCGCCAGGUAUGUUUCUUGCUGGUCCAGCGAGGUUUUUCACGUACUGGGUGGCUGCUCCAGCCUGUCCAGGGCAGACCUCGGGCCUGAGCCCAGCCUCCCCUCAUCCCCUCAUCCCAGCAGGCAGUGGGGGCCCGUCCCGCCGAAACGAACCCGGCUGGACACCCGCUUUGUUCUUCGGCGUCCGAGGUCUGUGUGACGGUGUGGACUCACCGUGCGGGAGAGCUUCCACGUGGCAGGAGACAAAGGUCCCGUGGCCUCAUUCUAUCCUUUUCCCCGCUGGGCAAAAGCCAGGAGGGUGUCCAGGGAGUGGUGGCUCAGUGAGAGAGCCCAGGACCCACCUCACAGGUGGCCACGUGUGGCCGGGGCCUUCUCCGUGGCUGCUGUGGGGGGCAGGCCCUCUCUCGGGGCAGCCAGCCUUACGCCAAGGGUCCGGCUGCCUCCGAGGAGGGCUCUCCCGGGCAGGAAUUAGGAACGGGAAAUCUGGGGGGAUCCAGAGAAGGCAGGCGAGGGGUGUGGCGGGGAGGUGGGGAGAGAGGCAGGCUCCCUGGGGCGUCCCGGGCGGGCGGGGGCUCUGCUCUGACCCCUGUGGGUUCUGCAGCGGAGCACGUGCUCUGACCCCCAGGUCUGACCCCAGGCUCUUGCAAAGCCGCCCUCCCGUAAGUGAGCUCCGAUGGGACGCAGCCCUUCCCACGGCCCCCAGGACACAGCCAGGCCAUCGCGCUUCGAGGAGCAGCCAGCCUGCGCCCUCCACCCUGCCCCGUCCCGCCCCGCUGACCGGUUGCCCUGCCCCGAGUUUCAGGGGUCAGAUCCCUGCACAGGCUGGAGAGAUGGAAUUCACAUGCGAUGGACGGAACGAGUUUAAAGUGCACAGUCCAGUGGCAUUUAGCGCGGUCACGGUGCGGCACAGCUAAGCACCUCUUUACCCGGUUCCGAAACCUCUUCAUCCACCCCAGGAGGAGCCCCGGCCCCGAGCCCGAGCCCCAGCCACCGCCAACCUGCCUCUUG